AUGAGUCCACUGAGUCCUUUGAGCCCAACCGGCUCGACCAAGGCCAACUUUUUCAGAAACAGAGUCCCGACACAACUACGGAGGUGUUUACCUUUGUACAUCGUUUGUGUCUGCAUAAUUCUUCUUGUUACCAACCUCGAUUGGUUCGGAUCGAUGCCAAAGCCCAAGCAUCUUUCCAAACGAGGCGGCCAAUAUUCAACAGCGAGUAAGCGUCCGGCUUUCCCCAAGAAGAUCUGGCAGUCUUGGAAGGUUGCGCCGUUCGCUUUUGAAAUCGAGCAGAUCCUCACUGCGCGUACGUGGACGGACAAGAACCCUGGGUACCGGUACGAGGUCCUCACCGAGAACAAUGACAUGGAAUAUGUCGAAGAGCACUACGGCCCCGACGGCUUCGACCGCCCAGACAUCGUCGACAUGUACCGCAACGUGAACGCAACCAUCAUCAAGGCCGACCUCCUCCGCUACAUGAUCAUGUACGCCGAGGGCGGGGUCUACGCCGACAUCGACGUGGAGGACCUCCGACCCGUCAGCCGAUGGAUCCCGGAACGGUAUGCGGAAGCCGACAUCGACCUCGUCAUUGGCGUCGAGAUCGAUCAGCCGCACUUCAAAGACCACCCGAUCCUCGGCAAGAAGUCCAUGUCUUUCUGCCAGUGGACCUUCAUGUCGCGGCCCGGCCAUCCCGUCAUGCUGAAGCUGGUCGAGAACAUCAUGACAUGGCUCGGCGACGUCGCCAAGUCGCAGGGCGUGUCCAUCUCGGAGGUCAAGCUCGACUUCGACGAGGUCAUCAGCGGCACGGGGCCGUCGGCCUUCACGAGAGCCGUGCUGGAGGUGAUGAGCGCUCGUUCUCGAUCGGGGACGGUAACGUGGGACGCCUUCCACGACAUUGACGAGUCCAAGGUCGUCAGCAACAUCCUGGUCCGCGACGUCGAGUCCUUCGCCGCCGGCCAGGGCCACUCCGAUUCGGGGAACCACAACUCCAGAGGCGCCCUGGUCAAGCACCACUACCACGCGUCCAACUGGCCCAGCCGGCACCCGCGAUUCAGACACCCCAUCUUCGGCGAGGUCGAGAGGUGCAACUGGAACAUCGAGUGCGUCAUGAAGUGGGACCAGGACAUCGCUGCAUUCAACUCGCUCUCCCUCGAGGAACAGAAGCAGACCAUCGAAGAGCACGAGAAGCUCCAGAAACUUCAGGCACAGCAGGCACAGCAGGCGCAGAAGAAGGCGGAUCAGCAGAAGGCCGCCGGGCAGAUGGCAUUGCAGCCCCCACCCCAGCAGCCUCUCCAGAUUCCGGCGGCUCAGCCUGCGCAGCAGGAGGAACUGAAGAUCAAGUGA